UAUACGACUUCAACAUAAACACAUGGACGACCUAAACAUGUGUAUAUCAGAUCCCACAAUUGCAUCCGAGUGUCAGCUUUUAUUUAAUUCGAGCUUUCUAUAGAUCAGUGCAGAAAGUGAUUCUUAUAUACCGUGAAUAAGCUGUUAAAAAAGGACUCAAACAAUGAAUAAGUGCCAUAUAUUCAUCGUGAUCAAAAUCUUGUUCCUAGUUCAACAAUGCCAGUGCGAGGUGUACACUGCGAUGGUGGAUCUCGAGGAUUUACUUGAUACUGAACACGUUUUAAUUAACACUAUUGAAAAUUAUAUUAAAGCUGAAGAACAGAAAAUGGAUUUAUUGAAAAGGUACAUGGAAAUCUAUAAAAAACAACAAAACAUAGCGAGGCGAGACACACAACUUUAUCUUUCCAACCCCAUUAAUGCUUAUACAUUAGUGAAAAGAUUGACAGCUGAUUGGACUCAAGUCGAAGCACUUAUUGGUACCAAUAUUAAUCAAGAGGCCUUAUUAAACAUAUCAUACUACAAGGAAAAUAUGAAAUUCCCCACUGACGAAGAUCUCAAUGGAGCGGCUGUAGCUUUAACGAGGCUUCAAGACACUUAUCAACUGGAUACGUCCUCUUUAGCUAGAGGAGAACUAAAUGGAGUUAAGUAUAGCUCAGAACUAACAGCAGCAGAUUGUUUCGAAUUAGGGAGACAAUCUUAUAAUGUCGGUGAUUUUUAUCAUACUCGACUAUGGAUGCAGGAAGCUGAAGCUAGAUUGAAAAGAGAAGCCAACGAAACAGUUGAUCAUAGCGAAGUUCUUGAGUAUUUGGCUUUUUCCAUCUAUAAGCAAGGAGAUGUAGCCUUAGCGCUAGACCUGACGAACAAACUCUUAGAUAUCAUUCCUGAUCACGGCCGCGCUUUAGGAAAUAGAGUCUACUACGAAGAUCAACUGAAAACUUCUGAAGACACUAAAACCGAUCGGAAGAAGGGAGACGAUGAGUCUCAAACUGUCGAAACUGCUGGGGUAAAAUUUUACAAAGUUAACUAUCGCAGAGACCUAUAUGAAGCCCUUUGCAGAGGAGAUGAAACUCUUCCAGUGGAAGUCCAAGCUAAACUGAAAUGUAGAUAUAUUACGAGGGGCAACCCAUUUUUACUCAUGGCUCCCUUUAAAGUGGAAGAAGCUCAUCUGGAUCCUGACAUUUUCAUUUUUCAUGAUGUCAUAUCUGAUAAUGAAAUUCAAACAAUUAAAGCAAUGGCAACUCCAAGGUUUCAAAGGGCUACGGUACAAAACUCUCAAACUGGCGCUCUAGAAGUAGCUGGAUACAGAAUCAGUAAAUCAGCUUGGCUUAAAGAGGAAGAACACAAACAUAUCGCGGAUGUAUCUCGACGCACUGGUGAUAUUACUGGUUUAAACAUGAAGUCGUCCGAAGAACUACAAGUUGUUAACUAUGGUAUUGGUGGACAUUAUGAGCCCCAUUUUGAUUUUGCAAGGAAAGAAGAGACCAAUGCUUUUAAGAACCUCGGUACUGGCAACCGGAUAGCUACUGUAUUAUAUUACAUGUCGGAUGUACCUCAAGGUGGAGCCACAGUAUUUCCAGAAAUUAGAGCAACCGUGUGGCCGAAGAAAGGUACAGCAGCUUUUUGGUACAAUCUGUUUCCAAGUGGAGAUGGAGAUGCCAGAACUAGACACGCUGCUUGUCCUGUAUUAGCUGGAUCCAAAUGGGUAUCGAAUAAAUGGCUUCAUGAAGAAGGACAAGAAUUCAUAAGGCCUUGCACCAAAGAACGUCCACCAGAAGAACUGACCGCAUAGAUCUGAUACACCAAAUUUUAGAAAAUAACUAAUUUAUUAAUUGAGACUGGUUCCUAAAAUACAUUUUCAAAUAAUAAUAUAUAUGGUAGAAACGUCACAGUGAAAAUUAUGCUUGUGAUGUUACGUUCUAGUAAUGAAUUAAACAUGUAUUUUAACUAUUAGUAUACAUAUAUAUAACUAACUUAUAUUUAAAAUUACUUUUUAUAUUUAUUAUUGGAAUGGAGAAUCUCGGUUUUUUAAUACAUUUUUUAAUGUAAAUAAAACAACUUGAAUAGAGCAAA